GGAGGGAGGAGGAUGAGAGUGCCUGGCAGCGUGAGACAGCCUGUCUGCUGCUGAGCCAUUACAUGGAGGCCUGACACUCGGUGCAGGUGGCCCAGAUCCCCCUGACAUGGGAGAGACACACCGGGCGUACGCCUAGAGACCCCGCCACCUCCACCGGGAGAGAGAGAGAGAGAGCGUCAUCUCCACUGGGGGAGAGACCGUCACCAAGAGAGACACAAACACCAUCAAGUCUAUAGGAAGAGAGACCGUCACCUCCAUAGCAGCAUCCUCCAUCCAUCCACACCCACAGCAGGUCAUGUGAUCUCUUCUUAACGACAAGGAUGGUUUCCACCAUGUGAUUUGAACAACCUGCGCAUGUGAUGAGGCAGAGAAAAAGCACAAACCCUACCGAGAUGGCAAAAAUGACGCACAGUUGCACUCUUCUCGUUUUGCUCUGGCUGUCUCGUGUGUAUGGAACACCAAACAACAGCACAACAGGAUGCCGGAUCAUACACCCUCCUAGAGACGGGGGGAUCCGUUACAGGGGUCUCACCCUUACUCAGGUAAAGGCGGUUGAGAUGCUUCCGGUGGAUUAUGAGAUUGAAUUUGUUUGCCGCGGAGAAAGGGAGAUUUCUGGUCCAAAAGUACGCAAGUGUCAGCUGGAUGGGACCUGGACAGAUAUGGACAAACCAAGCCGCUGUCUCCCCACCUGCCCACGUAUGCACCUGAAGCUGGAGAACGGGCAGGUGGAUGUCGGCGCGAUGGGCCGAGUACCAAUGGAGGGCACAAGCAUCCGGUUCCGAUGUGACCCAGGCUUCCUGCUGGUGGGCUCCAGUCACAGCAUGUGUACCAAAGCGGGGAAAUGGGACCACCCUAAACCUAGCUGCCAAGUCCGUCGGCCGGACUCAUCACGUAAGAAAGCCCUGCACGUGGGCGCCCUCUUCCCCAUGAGCGGGGGCUGGCCCGGGGGACAGGCCUGUCACCCAGCCGCACAGAUGGCCCUGGAGGACGUCAACAACCGGAGGGACAUUUUACCGGAGUACGAGCUCAGGCUGAUACACCACGACAGCCAGUGUGACCCCGGGCAGGCCACACGGCACCUGUACGAGCUUCUGUACAAUGACCCUAUUAAGAUCAUGUUGAUGCCAGGGUGCAGCAGUGUGUCCACGCUGGUGGCGGAAGCGGCUCGCAUGUGGAACCUCAUAGUGCUUUCUUACGGUUCAAGUUCACCUGCGUUGUCCAACCGCCAGAGGUUUCCAACCUUCUUCCGCACGCACCCCUCAGCUACCUUGCACAACCCCACCAGGGUCCAGCUUUUCAAAAAGUGGGGAUGGACAAAGAUCGCUACCAUACAGCAGACGACUGAGGUCUUCACAUCUACUCUUGAUGAUCUAGAGGAGCGAGUAAAAGAAGCGGGCAUUGAGAUUACCUUCCGACAGAGUUUUUUCUCUGACCCGACCGUUCCUGUGAAAAAUCUUAAGAGACAGGAUGCAAGAAUAAUAGUCGGCUUAUUCUAUGAGACGGAAGCGCGGAAGGUCUUUUGUGAGGUCUACAAGGAACGUCUCUUUGGUAAGAAGUAUGUCUGGUUUUUGAUUGGUUGGUACGCGGACAACUGGUUCAAGACACCAGAUCCAGCCAUCAACUGCACGGUGGAAGAGAUGACUCGGGCUGUUGAGGGUCAUGUGACCACAGAGAUUGUCAUGCUGAACCCAGAAAAUACCCGCGGUAUCUCCAACAUGACAUCUCAAGAGUUCAUGGAUAAGCUUCAAAAACGUCUUGGUAAAGAUCCAGAAGGAGUCGGAGGACUACAAGAAGCACCCCUGGCCUAUGAUGCCAUCUGGGCUCUCGCGCUGGCCCUCAAUAAGACCUCUUAUGAGCUGUCCAAGAGAGGAUUGCGUCUUGAAGACUUCAACUAUAACAACGAUAACAUCAGCCGGGAGAUCUACAAAGCCAUGAAUUCCUCUUCCUUCGAUGGCGUCUCGGGUCACGUGGUGUUUGAUGCCAGUGGGUCCCGUAUGGCCUGGACACUUAUCGAGCAGUUACAAGGUGGUCUCUACAAGAAGAUUGGGUAUUACGACAGUACCAAGGACAACCUCUCUUGGUAUAACAACGAUAAGUGGAUCGGGGGUUCUCCUCCUUCUGACCACACCAAGGUGAUCAUCACCUUCCGCUACGUCUCUCAGAAGCUCUUCAUUUCCGUCUCGGUUCUGGCCGGACUCGGCAUACUCUUGGGUUUCGUCUGCCUGUCUUUUAACAUCUACAACAGCCACGUGAGGUACAUCCAAAAUUCCCAGCCUCACCUGAACGACGUUACGGCGGCAGGAUGCAUACUGGCUCUCGCUGCCGUCUUCCCACUUGGUCUGGAUGGGCACCACAUAGAGACGUGGCACUUCCCCCUGGUGUGCCAGGCUCGCCUCUGGCUUCUGGGACUUGGCUUCAGCUUGGCCUAUGGCAGCAUGUUUACCAAAAUCUGGUGGAUCCAUACGGCGUUUACCAAGAAAGACGACAAGAAGGAGAGGAGGAAGCAAUCUCAGACGUUGGAGCCCUGGAAGUUGUAUAGUACGGUGUCCUUGCUGUUGGGUCUGGAUGUCAUCACACUAGGAAUCUGGCAGAUUGUGGAUCCUCUGCAGAGGGAUAUUGAGGAGUUUACUAAAGAAGAGCCUCGUGGAGACCUGGAUGUCCUCAUCCUCCCUCAGCUGGAACAUUGUAGCUCUGUGAAGAUGAACACUUGGCUUGGUAUUGUGUACGGUUCCAAGGGUCUUCUUCUUUUGCUUGGCAUAUUCCUAGCCUACGAGACGAAGAGCGUCUCCACCGAGAAGAUCAAUGACCAUCGCGCGGUGGGGAUGGCCAUAUACAAUGUAGCAGUCUUGUGUCUAAUAACUGCGCCAGUCACCAUGAUCCUCAGUAGUCAACAGGACGCCUGCUUUGCAUUCGCAUCUUUGGCCAUCGUCUUUUCGGCCUACAUAACCCUAGUUGUCCUCUUCGUACCUAAGAUGAGAAGACUUAUCACCCGGGGAGAGUGGCAGUCUGAGCAGCAGGAUACUCUGAAGACGGGAUCAUCCACCAAUAAUAAUGAAGAGGAAAAGUCCCGUCUACUGGAGCGGGAGAACCAGGAACUGGGCCGGAUUAUCGCUGAGAAAGAAGAGCGGGUUAUGGAACUGCGUCAACAGUUGCGCUCUCGCAGGAAGCAGUCCGUGACAGCCCGUGAGAACUGCUCUGACAAUCACUACCCAAACUCCUCGGGGGCGGUCUCUUCUCUGUACCAGCCCGGCCUCCCUCUCGCCAGGUGUUUGGUAGCCGAGGGAGGAGACAAGCUGGGGAGGAACAGCUGUGACGGGAGCAUGGUCCACCUUCUUUACAAGUAGAGAAGUCUCACCAACCAGCGGUUGCCCAGAAGGAACCAGGAUGCCCUUUUACUGCAUAGCUGUCAGUACACUGUGUGGCCUGCCCUCCUUUAUCACCACUCUUCCAGGACGUGUCUUCCCAAAUCCCAUUUUUCUAUGUCUCCCCCUUCUACGUCUGUCUCUCAUUGACCUCCCUUUUUUUCUCUCAUCCUCUCGAUUCCAAUUUUUGUCUUGGCAUUCUCCUCGGUCUCUAAUCUGGAUCUCAUAUUGUAAUCUCAUAUAAUCGACGGCACUUUAAACUUUCAUAUCAGCCACUAGAGCCCUCCUAUUCAAGCACAGAUUCCUGUCUCCACCGGAAGCCACACUUGUGAAGCCUUGAAACAAUUCCCCAACCAUUUGGCUUCUCCCCUGCAGGGAACAGUCAUGAUCUACUAAUACCUGGAGUAAUCUGCACCCACUGCACUUACAAUUUGUUUUCUAAACUGUGAUUGGCUAUUGCAAUAAAUAAACGAGAGAUAAUUUUUAUUGUUCA